AGAAUGGAGAUGGCACCUGCGUCGAUUUGUUUGUGUUGAAUACGUGACAAUAUAAAUUGAUUCGACGGUAAACAAAGUGCAAAUAGUUACAAAAGUGUCUCAAAAUGGGUGUACCAGCAUUCUUCCGUUGGCUAAGCCGCAAAUAUCCGAGCGUUAUUGUCGAAUGUAUUGAACAGAGGCCAACCGACGUAGAUGGACAGCUCGUAUACGCAGAUUCGUCAUUACCAAAUCCCAAUGGGGUUGAAUUUGAUAAUCUUUACUUGGACAUGAACGGUAUUAUUCAUCCAUGUACUCAUCCCGAAGAUAAACCGCCUCCGAAGGACGAGGACGAGAUGAUGGUGGCUAUCUUCGACUGCAUCGACAGACUAUUCCGCAUCGUGAGACCUAGGAAGCUGUUGUACAUGGCUAUUGAUGGUGUGGCUCCCAGAGCUAAAAUGAAUCAACAGCGCUCUCGACGAUUCAGAGCCUCGAAGGAAACACAAGAGAAGAUCGAGGAGGUAGCUCGCAUUCGAUCAGAACUCCAAGCAAAGGGUGCUUACUUACCCCCAGAGAGGCCUAAGGAAGCUCACUUUGACUCGAACUGUAUCACACCUGGUACUCCUUUCAUGGAUCGAUUGAGCAAGUGCUUGCAUUAUUACAUACAUGACAGAUUGAACAAUGACCAUGGAUGGAAGGGAGUUAAAGUAAUCUUAUCAGAUGCUAAUGUUCCCGGAGAGGGGGAACACAAGAUAAUGGACUACAUCAGACGACAGAGAGCUCAGCCGGACCACGACCCGAACACACAGCACGUGUUGUGCGGCGCCGACGCUGAUCUUAUCAUGCUGGGGCUGGCGACGCACGAACCCAACUUCACCAUCAUCAGGGAGGAGUUCAAGCCCAACAAGCCCAGGCCCUGUGACGUCUGUGGUCAACUAGGUCAUGAGAUGAAAGAAUGCACUGGAACGACUCCGGAUGCAGCGCUAGUUCGCUCAGAUCCAGCUUUCGGCAAUCAAGACAACUUUAUCUUUGUGAGACUGAGUGUCUUGCGGGAGUAUCUUGAAAAGGAGUUACAAAUGCCCAACCUGCCGUUCCCCUACGACUUCGAGCGUGCCCUGGACGACUGGGUGUUCAUGUGCUUCUUCGUGGGAAACGACUUCCUGCCGCACCUCCCCAGCCUGGAGAUCAGGGAGGGCGCCGUCGACCGCCUCGUCACCUUGUAUAAGAAGUGUGUCUUGUUCACUAGGGGUUGGAUUACAGACUCAGGCGAGGUGAACCUAGACCGGGUGCAAGUGAUAAUGGACGAGCUGGGUCGCGUCGAAGACGAGAUCUUCAGACGGAGACACCAGAACGAAGUGAGCUUCAAGGCCAGAGAGAGAGCUAAGAAACAACAGCAGCAGAGAGUCAACUUUGGUCUAUUGGAGAACACCCAGUUCGCGCCGACGCCCUUAGGAGCGGCCACGAGAGGUGUCUCCAACCCCCGGCAAGAGGCAGCCGAUAUCAGACGGGCUGGCAUGCAAGAAGUCGCUCAGCAAGAUACGGGUCCACGUGGUCGCAAGAGGUCAGCUGCAGAGGCGGGUCUAGAUGAAGAUGAUGACAAACACGAUGAGGUUCGGCUGUGGGAAGAGGGCUUCAAGGAGCGCUACUACGAGAGCAAGUUCGACGUGGCGCGGGAUAACUUGGAGUUCAGGAACCGCGUGGCGCUUCAGUACGUUCGCGGGCUAUGCUGGGUGCUCCGCUACUACUACCAGGGCUGCGCCAGCUGGAAAUGGUACUUCCCCUACCACUACGCGCCCUUCGCCUCCGACUUCCUCAACGUUCACGGCCUGUCCACCAACUUCGAGAAGGGCACGCAACCCUUCCGUCCGCUGGAGCAGCUAAUGGGUGUGUUCCCGGCCGCCAGCGCGCAACACGUGCCCAAGCCCUGGGCCAAGCUCAUGAGCGACCCGUUUUCACCAAUCAUUGACUUCUACCCAACGGACUUCAAGAUCGACUUGAACGGCAAGAAGUUCGCCUGGCAAGGCGUGGCACUGCUGCCUUUCGUCGACGAGACCAGACUCUUUAAAGCUUUGGAACCCUACUACAAGGAUUUGUCGCAGGCAGAGAGGCAGCGCAACACGCGCGGCCACGACCGCCUGUACGUGUCGCCCGCCAACGCCAGCCACGCCGGCCUGCUGGCGCUGUACCCCGCGGGCGCCGAGCUGCGCCGCCGCCUGGCCGCCGACCAGCGCCACCCCUACCGCUGCCAGGGCGUGCGCGGCGACGUCAUGCUCAGCGCCGACAACGUCUGCGUCGGGGGGCAACUAGCGUCCCCGGUGGUGGGUCUCGCUCCGGUGCUAGACAAUCGUGUGGUGGUGGUGCGCUACCAGGAUCCGCAGUACCCCGACGACUUCGUGUUCCCCGCUCGGCGGCUACACGGAGCCCUCGAGCCGCCUCGUGUCCUGAUGGCAGGGGACAUGUCGCAUCAGCAGAACAGGAAUAGGAUGCCGCAGAUAGGGAUGAGCCGCCAGCGCAGCGUGGCGUCGCUGGAGGCGGCCGGCCACCGCAUGCUGGGCCACUCGCUGCCCCGCCCGCCCUACGGCCGCGCGCCGCCCCCGCCCUACGGCCGCGUGGCGCCGCCCCCGCCCUACGGCCACGUGCCGCCGCCCCCGCAGCUCGCGCACGCGCACGAUCGCUCACAAUCGUUCGGUCCGUACCGUAGCGGGUACAUGCCGCGCCAGCAAUACCAGAGCCAAGGAUAUAACCGUCCCGGUAACCAAUCAAACCAGGAUGGACAUGGCUCAAAUCAAAGCAGAUAUAGUUCGAACCAAAACAGAUUCGGCUCAAAUCAGGACAGAUCCGGCCCACACCAGGACAGAACCGGCCCACACCAGGACAGAUCCGGCCCACACCAGGACAGAUUCGGCUCAAAUCAGGAUAGAUAUGGUUCAAACCAAGACAGAUAUGGUUCAAACCAGGGCUACCAACAGAACCGAGGCGGCUACAACAGAAACUACCCACAAAAUCAGAGUCAAGGACACUCUUCAGUUGACAAAUACAGAAAUCGACAGAGACCGAUGAUGAACCAGCCGAGUCAGAACCAGAAUCAGGGAGAGGGGGGUUCCAACCCGAGACACAAUCGAAUUACCUCGCAUCCGUAUCGUAGAAUGUAAUUGUUAAUUAAAAAAAUGAUAUCAGUAAAUUUGAUAUUAAAAAAAAAACAUAGAUCAAAAGACAGACGGUCACACGUGAAAAACUUAAUAGUUAAGACAAUUCUCAUGUAAAAAGUGAAAUGGGUGAAGUUACUUGUAUUUUUGCAGAAGAUGAAUUUAUUGUUUAAUUACAAUUUAACUUAGUAAUUAAAUGGGAAUAACGAUAUUUCGUGUCAUCUCCAUUCUA